AACAUUUAGAUCGAAACAGUUUAACACUGGCAAGCAAGCAGUAAACAACGGAGUGUGUUCUCAAAAACCGAAGUGCUUUUUUAAAAUUCAGUCACGACGAGUACGCUUAGCGACUUGAAAUCUCUUUAGAGCUCUAAACUCCACAACUCAACAAACAAAAACAAAUUUACACAAUGUCUGAUCGCAAAGCUGUCAUUAAGAAUGCCGACAUGAGCGAGGAGAUGCAGCAGGAUGCGGUUGAUUGUGCGACACAAGCCCUGGAGAAGUACAAUAUUGAAAAGGAUAUUGCCGCAUAUAUCAAGAAGGAGUUCGACAAGAAAUACAAUCCCACAUGGCAUUGCAUUGUGGGCCGCAACUUUGGCUCCUAUGUGACACACGAGACUCGCCAUUUCAUCUACUUUUAUCUGGGCCAGGUGGCGAUCUUAUUGUUUAAGAGCGGUUAAAGUCUUGUCGAGUCGGAUGAAGUGGUGGUCAGGAGGCUGGAGGAG